AUGUCUUCUGAAAAGGAUAUCGUUCUCGUAACUGGUGGCAACACGGGUCUAGGCUGGGAGAUUGUCCGCGCAUUAGCUGGCACUUCUACUGCAUAUGAAAUCAUCAUUGGCUGUCGAACGGUCGCCAAGGGGGAAGAGGCCAUCACAACUAUCAAGCAAGCACAACCCAAGACCACGUCUUCUUUCAGCACCCUGCAAGUCGACUUGUCCUCCGACUCUUCGCUCGAGCAAGCAGUCGAGCAUAUAACAUCCAAGUAUGGACGACUGGAUGUGCUGAUCAACAAUGGCGGCGCGGCCUUUGAUCAAGAUAUUGCCAGCGGCCGUUCAAGCAUCAGAGAUGCUUUCAACAACAGCUGGGAUACCAAUGUGUCCGGCACUCAUGUCUUGACCACGCUGUCUGUCCCACUAUUAUUGAAGUCCAUGGAUCCACGUCUCCUCUUCAUCACGAGUGGCACGUCCUCUCUCGCGGAGACGGAAAUGAUGGACAAUGAUAUGCACAAGCGGCUGAAUGCCUCGCCACCUGCUGGCUGGCCUAAGCCGCCCAUCAUGAGCCACAUGGCUUAUCGCAGCAGCAAGACUGGGCUCAAUAUGCUCAUGCGUGAGUGGAGGAGACUGCUUUUGAAUGACGGUGUCAAAGUCUGGGCUAUCAGCCCAGGCUUCCUGGCUACCGGCCUAACCGGCGCAGGUGCAGAGAAGUUGAAGCAGAUGGGGGCACUGGAACCAUCAGUAGGUGGCGAAUUUGUUAGGGACGUUGUUCAAGGCAAACGAGAUGAGUAUAUGGGCAAGGUCAUUCGAAGAAAUGAAAUACAGCCUUGGUAG